CGCGGGUAGUGUGCUUGACGCGGGUGGGCUCUCUCUCCCGACGGCAUCGUCCGGCCGUGGCAAGGCGCGCGUCUCGAUAUAGGGGCCCCGAUUUAAUGGGCGGGGUCGCGGGCACCGCCGUUCGAACGACGGACAUGGAGCGACCUCGGUGUUCUCAGUGGUGAGCUGCCGCCGCGGCCAUCGCCGACGGACCGAUCGUCGGUUUCACCUCGUGCACACAUACUGCUGCGUUAUUAAAUGGCUGCGACCUGAGCGUCGGCUACGCCUACGGCUAUGACGUCCCUCUGACGAGAAACAGAAAGUGCUCUCGCAGACACACUUUGUCCCCGGCUCCAAAGGUUCCUCUCGGUGGCGCACGUGUCAUCGGCCGAUCAUCAGCGAGCGAUUUCACGAGAGGCUGCGGCCAGCGGCGUAUGCGCACGCCGACCGAGGAGUUAAAUUCUCAAGUGUGACGACGAGGACGACGACGACGACGACGACGACGACAACGACGACAACGACGACGAGGAGGAGGAGGAGGAGGAGGAGGAGGAGGAGAAGGAGGGAGGAUACUGCUGGACGAGGAAGUGAGCGAUAAAAGGGAGAGCGAAAGGAGGAUAGAGAGAAAGAGAGAACGAACAAAGAGAACGAGACAAGGGCGAAAGGGGAGAGGGACGGGACGAAAAAUGAACGGCCCCGGGAGUCAUCAGCAUCGCGGCUUGGGCAUGCAGGGACGUUACCGAGCCGUGGUGGCGAAUGGCGCCCCGUCCGGAGGGCCGCACGGACGAGCUACCCCGGCGCCGCCGUCCCACCCUCGCAGCGGCGGAUGGCAUGGCCAGCAUCAGCAGCAGCACCCCCAGCAAUUCGCCGCCGGCAACAAGGAAUACCCAUAUCGGCAAUGCCCGCCACGAUAUCACAAUGGGGAUUGCCCCGGGGUUGGCACGUCCUCCGGGCCGGCUGGCAAGGAGGUUUCCUACCACGGGAGCGUGGGUGGAUCCAGCGUGGGAUAUAAGCCACCCCCGCAGCACAGCCCGCAGACGAGGGGUCCACCGCCGCACUUUCCCCAGGAGCCGGUAGGCCCGUCGGCCAAUUCUCCGCCGUUACACAUCAACAUCUGCGGACAGGAAAACACGAUGCGUGGUCCUAUAUUGAACAUGAGUCCUGGUCUUGGAGCCAGCGGGGUCGACAUGGAAUACCGUAGAAACUCCCAAGCCACAAACCAGUUACCUCUGAGCCCAGUGCAGAUCCAACCGUCGCCGCCGUAUUAUAGACAGCCUAGCCAGGACGACGGCCGAAAGAGCGAGUCCCCGUCAAGAAAGCGUCGUCGAAUAUCUCGCAAUGGCGCAUCCGGGAUAGAAGUCCGGGAGACGACGCCGCCGGCUCCGACGCCACCCCUGCACACGACGCCGCCGCCUUGGGAAUUGCCGCAGCGGCGCUCGCCUCGUAAUCAUAUGUCUACCCGCGGCAGCCCGACGGUUCGGAACCGCUAUCAGCGGUACACGGAUUCGUUCGGGCUCUCCUAUCCGUUCCUGACCAAUCACAAUCCUCAUCAAAGCAUCCACAAUUCCCAUCACAGCCUCCACAACUCGCAUCACAACAUCCACAGCUCCCACCCCCACGGUUUACACAACUCGCAUCACAACAUUCACAAUGCCCACCAGGCGCAUCCCCCUCAUCCGCAUCCGGCGGCCGGCGGCACCGGGCACCAUCCCGCGCAAGGUGAAGCCCCCGUGGUCGUCGAUGUCGGCCAGGUCGGCGUGUCCGGCCUAGGGGUCGCCGUCGGCGGUGAGCCCUUGUGGCAUCCGCAACCGACGAGCUACAGGAUCCCGUGUCAACUUCACAGCCUCUACACACCCCCCACGCACCCGUACGGGCAUUCGUGCCAGGUGACGCAUCAUCACAGUCCUUACUCCGCUGCGCAUCCGACGCAUCCCGGUCACGGUCUGGUUGGUUCUCUGGUCGGUGCUGCUUCUAGAGGAUACCCAACGCCAGCCGGUGGUCCUGUAGCGGCUCUGCAUCAUACACACGCGCCACCACCGCCCGUCCACACCACCGAUUACACCGCGCAUCAUCAAUUGUCUCAGCAGAGGGAGGUCGAGCUCGAGCAGCUCAUAGAGUCCCAUCAUCAUCACAGAGUGGGCGCCGCGGCCGGCGCACCGCUGCCGUUACCGCACUCGUAUUCUCCGCCAGCUCUCACGCAGGUCACGACACCGCCGCCGAUAUUUCUGUCGGAGACGCGGAACAGCCAGCUCGAGAUGAUGCAGAACAGAACCCGGCGGGUGGCGUCGAAUGUUCUGCGACGGCCGAGAUUCAAUCGAUGGAGAAGCACCACUCCGCUACCGCCUAUAACGUAUCCGGGAUAUCUGCUACACUUCCUAGCGAUGUUCAGCAAUCCACCGCUGUCUCCCUACAACCAGGCCGAGCUAUCCUCACCCGAUUCAGUGACGGAGAAUUACGAAGCGCUGCUAUCCUUGGCCGAGAGACUGGGCGAGGCUAAACCCCGAGGUUUGACCCGCGCGGAGGUGGAGCAGCUGCCCUCCUAUAAAUUCAACGCGGAAACGCACCAGGGCGAUCAAACCAAUUGCGUGGUGUGCAUGUGCGAUUUCGAGGCUCUCCAAUCGCUACGUGUUCUGCCGUGCUCCCACGAGUUUCACUCGAAAUGCAUCGACAAAUGGCUUAAAUCCAACCGAACGUGUCCAAUAUGUCGCGGUGACGCCGGAGAGUACUUCGGGAAUAGCAGCGGCAGUAGUGACUGACGCCAAGCCGGCGAUGUACACUAGCGCGAAGCGUCGCAGCCACCGAGAAUAUUGCUACUGCGCGUGAUGGAGGUCCCAGUCGUCGCGUUGCUGCCACUUCACGUAAAUCUGUGCCGUUAAGCCUUCCUGUGGCGCCUCCUUGGCCAAGAAACACCGCCGAACAUACCGAAAUGUUACCGGAUUCGUCAAUGAUGAAAAUUAUGACUGGCUGAAACCGGCUGAAUACAAGUGGUGAGAAUAGGUUCCAUGUACGAUUUUGUUGUGUAUCGGAAUGUUAUUCAUGAGCGAGGGGGGGGAUUAUCAAGAUUGAAGAAUGGUGCAAGUAUCGUUUCGAUCGCUUUAAUGGUACAGCGAGAUGCAAUAAAAAGCAAUUUAGCAAAAAAAAAAAAACGACGAAAUAGCCAAGAGACGUUAUAGAUUCAACGUUCCGUUAAGUUACGGCGCAUUUCCUAUCAAAAAAGAAAAAAAAAAGAAAGAAAAGCGGACUCGGAUAUCACUUUGUUUUUAUUCACAACGCUUCAAUUAAUAUUUUAACGCUCAUUAAUUAUUUGUAUCGUUACUGUGCAUUAUCGAAUUUAUGUACAUAAAAUAACUGUAUACGCAGAUAUCGUAACUUUCCAUUAACGUUCCAUUUUUUUAUAGUUUGUCUUUCAAUUCAGUAAUUGUAUAUAUUCGCAUAAAACACCCUUAUACAUAUAUGUGUGCAUGUACAAAACCGAUGUUAGUUUUUUUGUUUGGACUUAACCAAAUGUAGGAUACGAAUUCUUUUGCAAUAAAAAAAAAAAAAGGUGUUUAUCGUCAGGUAAGGGAAAAGAUUGUAACUUCCUGCUGUUAUAAGCUUUUGUGUCUUUGUAGGAUACCGGCUAAUUAUUUUAUUAUAUUAUAGAAAUGUAUGUAAGUAAUUAAAAAUUACUCGGCACCUUAAGUGCCAUAGGUAGAAAUUGUUGGAUUAUUGCACCAGAUGCCACGUAACUAUUUUAUAAAAUAUCUAUAGAUCCAUGUUCAAUCCGAAAUUUUUUUCUCUCUUGCGGCAGUUAAUUGCAGUUAUCUUUUUCGUGUGCUCUAGCUUGCAAAAUAAUUAUCAUGUUUUACACUUUCCAAAGCGUAAUGCACGAUAAUAAUUCAAGCACAAUUCGAAUCUGCAAAUCUGUGAAUUUCGGCAAAAAUUACUUUCAACCGCGAGAGAGACGACCUGGCACGUAAUAAUAGAGCCAAGUGCACACACAAAAGGAUGGAAAAAGAAAAAAACGUGUAAGAAUAUCGCUUCUGUUUCCUGCGUAUCUACCUCUGAUAGAAGAAACAAGACAAUUCAUAUUUUUUUAUAUAUACAUCUCAUAAACAAUAAACAUACCUAUGAUAAGUAAAAGCAAGAGCAGCCGGCUAGAAAACGAGAUUUAGACGAAAAACAUUCGAUAAAUUUAAACUAACAAUUAAGACUUGCGAGGACAGCCAACGCUCCAAUUUCAAUACGUUAUGCGAAUAUGAUUUCGGUCGAAUGGAUAUGAUGGAAUUUCGGUAAUGUUAAAUUUUUCAGUUGGAAUCGAAAGUUUGUUUUUCGUAAAAGCGAUUACAAUGUGGAUCGGAUUUUGCCACGAACAAGUUGUGCGUUUUUUUUUUAGUUAAUUAUCUAGCGUUUUCUUAUUUACAUAUUUCUAUACCAAUGUGAGACGAUUAAGAUUUGUUUGUAUUCUUGUUAUUUUUAAGCUGUUUCAUUGUACAUUGUUGGAUAGCGUGAUAUUAUUGGCAAAAUAUAAAUUGUUAAAAGCA